CUACCUCUACCGUUACAUCUCUAUCGUAUUGUCAAUCGCUGAAGCCAGACAAAUUUGUGCACUUCAACAUACUAUCACUAAGCACAGUACGACUAUGUCGGAUAACAGACCACCAAAUUCGGCGUUGCCAAAUCCGUUUGAUGAUCUAUUUGGCGACCCGCAGGCUAGACCAUCAACGUCUGCAUCGUCAAAUCCCUUUGGUGACGCACAGGCUAUACCGCCAACGUCCGCAACGUCCAAUCCAUUUGAUGAGCUACACGCUGGACCAUCAACGUUCGCACCGUCAAAUCCAUUUGCUAAUCCACGGACUGAACCAUCAACGCUCGAACUGUCAAAUCCAUUUGGCGAUCCACAUACUGAAUCAUCAGCGUUCUCACCUUCGGACCCAUUUGGCAAUCCACAGGUUGUACCAUCAAGGUCCGCACCACUCAUUACGCGAUCGGAAGACGGACAGAAGGAGGACGAUAAAGGAAAACGCAAAAAGGGCAAGCCCACCAAAAACGAGUAUCAUGGUUUGCUCGAAAAAGUGCCCAUCAGCCGUCCCCACAAAUUUAGACUUCAACGGAAAGAAUCCAAGCAUGAACCGUACGCCUCGAAUGAUAGACACCCCAGAGUCGCUGUCGUCGUCGGCAGUACUGUAUUCCCUCCGGAGCUCGGGAAGGGCAGAGUUUACUGGAUGCCAGAAGCAACAAUCAGGGAAUACAUUACACCAGGAUCAAACAUGAUUAUCGACACAGACCCUGGGCCCUAUGGUAUUGAGAAACCAUUUGGAAUGAUCUUUCUCCCCCUUGAUGACGGUCCUGCCUUUCAUCUUGUCAGGUGGUGGAUGAUCGCCGGGUGGUUAGGCACGAUGCUCCUUUAUCGCCGCCAUCAACCAGCAGGGGAGUUUAUCAGUCCGGUGUUGGGCGCCCUCCGAGUGUGGUGUAUACUCGAAAAGUUUGAUGCCAUGGCAGUGCGGAGAUUGAAGAAAGAGAUAGUAAGGGAAGCCUAUGAGUACUAUGUGGGCGUCCUCACCGAGGAGCCGGCUGUGACGGACAGGAAGAAUCCGAGUUUCUUGUGA